AAUAGAAAUAGUCGUCGAUUCACGCACUCUUUUUUUAACCUACGCCACCACAUUCUUCACGACUUUGUCUCUCCCUUACGCCCAAACCCUUUCUCUCUCUGAAUUCUUCAAUUCCCAGAUAAAGGAACAAAAGUCGCAUCAUAGAAACUGCUAGGAACCUUCUCGCUAAUUAACACCCUCGGCAACGACGACUAAAACGACUCUCUCUCUCUCUCUCUCUCUCUCUAUACAGCUAUAAUAGUUCUCUCUAUAUACAUAUGAUUAAUCGAUCCCUCUUCAUGAUUUCGUUGAUAAUGAGAUUUGAUUUGCCCCAGUGUUUGGUUUCUGGAAUUCAAGUUUCGGAACUCUGACUUGGGAUUUCGAGGUAUUGAAGAAAAUUAGGGUUUUUAUUUUUUUUCGAUUGCGAUGCUGAUGGCAGACGAUAGUUCGAAUAUUUGGUCCGUUGACGAUUUAUCGGCAGUUGACGAUUUAUCAGACGAUAUUGAUCUAUCCAUGGACAUUCAGUCGUUUCUUGACAUUCUUGAAGAGAGUCCCGAUCGCUCGCAGAGUAGUCCAGAAGGUUUGUCAUUAGAGAAUGUACAGCAAGGAUUGCCGGAUUUGGAAUCGGCACCUUCUUUUGUGGCUGAGAUUCCGGGAUCUGUUACAUUCUCCCCUUCGUACAACUCGGAAGCUUCAGAUUCUAGAGCUGGGGGUUCGGAUGGUUCAUUUGAGCCCAUUGGGAAUUCUGUCUUGGAAUUUGACUAUGGGAAGCUGAUACCUUCAGAAGAGAUUGGCUCUCCAAUGCAUAGCUACUCUCCGAGUCUUGAGAACUGGAUGGGUUUUGGUCACAGUACUCCUUCUUCGGAGAGGGAUGGAGCUUCUCAGAAUGCUUCGUCUUAUAGCAGAUGUGGUGGUAAAGAAAUUAAAAUCGAAAUACACAAUUGUAGUACUUCAUAUAAUUUUGCUUCUAGAGAUGCUAAUCACGUUUCAGAUGUCAGAGAGACUUCCAAUCUUAAUCACCACAAUGGGGAAACUGAAUCCAAGUUCAGGCAUUUGCAAGGGGAUACUCAUUCUAAAUAUGUGUCUCAAGACCCAUUGAUAGAGAACUCAUAUAUUAAUUAUGGGCAGUUUUGUCAUACAAGUGAAAAUAGCUUGAAAGCCUCUGGAGCACCAGAUAUUGUGGAGCCUUCCACCAUGGAUGUGGACACUUCCUUGCAUAAUGCAUAUUAUACUCCUUCCAAUAAUUGUGAAAUUCCUGACAGCAUAUACGAAAUUGGUGACCAUUAUUCAGAUUUUCAGUAUUGUAGAGGUGAAGCAUUUUUUGCUGGUCCCUCAAGGCAAUAUCGGCCUGAUAGUUUCAGUUUUCAACUUCUAUCAAAUGAUGAUGAUGAAAUGAUGAUCCAUUUAAAGGAUGAAGUAGGGGAGCUUUCAACGCAAAAUGCAUGCUCGAAUGGUAUGAUGAUUUUAGGGACUCAGGUGGAAAGAGAAGGUGAAACAGUUGCAGAAGCACCUGGGAUAGACAUGUCGAGUGUAAAGCAAGUAGUUAAUGUGAAGGAUGAAAGAAGUGAUGAGGUGGUUGCACCUCAAAACUGGGUGCGCCAAUCUGGAUUAUCUGGUGAUGGUUUUUCUGCUGACAAAGGCUUAAGGCAGUCAUUGCCUGGUUUUCUGCAUUCCUUUUCAACUAACAAGCAUGCAUCUCAUGUGAAGGAUGAAAAAGAAGGCAUAUCCCUUGCUGCAUCUGAGAGAACUCACCAAUCUCUUGAUACCAUUAAUGGAACUGAAGGAAGAAACUCCACUCCGGUUUCAAUUGGAAAGCAGUUGGGUUGCACAACGGAACAAAGAGAGAGUAAACCUACUCAACUCAAGAGUAUGGAAUCUCAUUUAUCAAAAGGCAGCUACCGAGCAAUUCAGAGUAGCGUCUCAUAUUCUUCUAAUGACAAUGACUCUGAUAUUUGUAUUCUUGAAGAUAUUAGUGAACCUGCACCUUCAAACAUAUCAUAUGGUAAUGGGAAGUCCCUUGUUACAUCGCAGCGUUCUAACUAUAGUAACCCUCUUCAUCACGUGGGAGUUGGAGGUGUGAGGCUUAAGACAAACGAUGAACGAUUAAUUUUUCGAGUUGCACUGCAGGAUCUUUCUCAGCCAAAAUCUGAAGCUAGUCCACCAGAUGGUCUUUUGGCAGUUCCUCUUCUGAGACACCAGCGAAUUGCUUUAUCAUGGAUGGUACAGAAGGAGACAGCCAGUUUCCACUGCUCUGGAGGAAUUCUUGCAGAUGACCAGGGACUGGGGAAAACAAUAUCAACAAUUGCACUUAUACUUAAGGAAAGGUCUCCAUCAUCUAGACUUUGUCCUUCCGAUAUGAAACAAAAUGGAAUUGAGACGUUAAACUUGGACGAGGAUGAUGAUAGUGCGUCUGAGCUUGAUAAAUCGAAGCAGGAUACCAAAUCUUGUCAAGUUAUGUCAAAUGGAAGUUUAAUGAAUUGUAAGAACACUCCUGCACAAGCCAAGGGAAGGCUAGCUGCCGGAACUCUUGUUGUCUGUCCUACAAGUGUCCUUCGGCAAUGGGCUGAGGAGUUGCAUAGUAAAGUAAACAGCAAAGCUAAUCUCUCUGUUUUAAUAUACCACGGAAGUAAUCGAACAAAGGAUCCUUCUGAGUUGACGAAGUAUGAUGUUGUCCUUACAACAUAUUCAAUUGUAAGCAUGGAGGUCCCAAAGCAGCCCCUUGUUGAUAAGGAUGACGAUGAAACAAGAAAUCUUGAAAUCCAUGCUGUUCCGUCUAUGGGAUUUUCAUCCAGUAAGAAAAGGAAAUAUCCUCCUAGUUCUGAUAAGAGAUAUAAGAAGGGUAAAGACGGUGGAUUGCUUGAAUCUGUUGCUCGCCCUCUUGCAAGGGUUGGAUGGUUUAGAGUUGUUUUGGAUGAGGCCCAGAGCAUUAAAAAUUACAGAACUCAAGUAGCCAGGGCUUGUUGGGGUCUUCGUGCUAAACGUAGGUGGUGCUUGUCAGGGACGCCCAUCCAGAAUGCAGUUGAUGAUCUUUAUAGCUACUUCAGAUUUCUGAGAUAUGAUCCAUAUGCUGUAUAUAAAUCAUUUUGUUCCACAAUAAAGGUCCCAAUUAAUAGGAAUCCAGCAAAUGGGUACAGAAAGCUACAAGCUGUCUUGAAGACAAUAAUGCUUCGUCGCACUAAAGGCACACUUCUUGAUGGGGAACCAAUCGUUACUUUACCGCCAAAAUCAGUAGAACUGAAAAAAGUGGAUUUUACUAAGGAAGAGCGGGAUUUCUACUGCAGACUAGAGGAUGAUUCGCGUGCUCAAUUUGCAGAAUAUGCAGCUGCUGGAACUGUCAAACAAAAUUAUGUUAAUAUCUUAUUGAUGCUUCUGCGCCUUCGGCAAGCUUGUGAUCACCCUCUUCUUGUUAAGGGAUAUGAUUCUAGUUCUGCGUGGAAAUCGUCCCUGAAGAUGGCAAGAAAACUUCCUCGGGAGAAACUAGUUUGUCUUCUGAAUUGUUUGGAAGCUUCUUUGGCAAUUUGCGGGAUAUGCAAUGAUCCGCCUGAAGAUGGUGUUGUUACGAGCUGUGGGCACGUUUUUUGCAAUCAAUGCAUUUGUGAACAUCUUACAGGUGAUGACAGCCAGUGUCCAGCCCCAAAUUGUAGAGCUCAAAUCAGUGCAUCUUCAGUGUUCUCUAGGACCACAUUAAGAAGUUCUCUGUCUGACCAGUCUGAUCCGGAUACUAUCCCUGAUCAUUCUAGUUCUGAAUCCACUAAGAGACAUGAGCCUUGUUCUGCAAGUUGCGCAUUUGAUUCCUCCAAAAUCAAAGCUGCUCUUGAGGUCCUUCAAUCAUUGUCUAAACCACGGGAUUGUAAAAAUUCCUUGAAAUCUAUGGAUGAGAGUGCUAGUUGCUCAGAGAACUCAUCCAAUCUUCAUGUAGAGUCAUCAUUUAGGAAGACACCUGAUAACGAAACUCCUAUUUUGGAUAAUGAUUUGAAGGAUUCAAUUAAAGUAGCGGGUGAGAAAGCAAUUGUCUUCUCCCAGUGGACAAGGAUGUUGGAUUUGCUUGAAGCUUGUCUUAAAAGUUCUUCCAUCCAGUACAGGAGACUUGAUGGAACCAUGUCUGUCAUGGCCAGAGAUAAAGCUGUGAAAGAUUUCAACACUCUCCCAGAGGUGUCAGUUAUGAUUAUGUCUUUGAAAGCUGCGAGUCUUGGACUAAACAUGGUUGCAGCGUGUCAUGUUCUUCUUCUGGACCUUUGGUGGAACCCUACUACUGAAGAUCAAGCAAUUGACAGGGCACAUCGGAUUGGGCAGACGCGUCCUGUUACAGUUUUGCGUUUGACUGUGAAAGAUACGGUUGAAGACCGCAUCUUAGCUCUUCAGCAAAAGAAGAGAGAGAUGGUUGCAUCUGCAUUUGGAGAGGAUGAGACAGGUAGUCGUCAAACUCGCCUUACUACGGAGGACUUGAAAUACCUGUUCAUGGUUUAAUUAGGAGGGGUGUCUGCUUAGUAUAUAGAUUCUGUUCUAGCUGCAGCAUUGUUACCUCCAUAGUUGAAGCUAUUCUAACAAUAGAUCUUUAGGAUUAACAGGAAAAGAGGCCUCAUUUUACAGAAGAUCUUGUGAAUUGUCUUAAAAAAAAUUCACAUGAUCUAUUCUUUUAACGAUUGGAUAUUCUUGCUUUCUCGUUGUAUAGGAUGUAGAUUUCAAUAGCUUACACCAAUUAAAGAUAGGGAGUUAGUUGAGAUUCUUUCAAGUAUAGUUUAAACAGUAGUUUUUUUUUCUUAUGAAUGAUAGUUUGAUUGGUAAAUUUGAUCAUCUUUUUCCCCGGCUA